GAAUUUUGUAUUUAGACGAGUUGGAAAAUCACGGAUUUGCAAAAUUCUCAGUAAAUCCGAAAUUUUGGAAGAAUUUGGUAAAUAGAAAACCCAUUAUCGUGGAUAUUUAACAAGUUUGUGAAGUCAGUAGUUAAAUAUUUGGUGAUUUCUGGAGAUUUGUAGCUUUGAAUCAAAUGUGAGGUUAAACUCGACUGGGAUAAAAAAAUAAACCAUCUGAUUGCAUCCAAAAAGUCACUGUGACGUCAUCAAUUGCAUCAAAAUCCAUGUGAAUUUCUCAGAAGUUUAGAAAGUCUUUUUUCUGGUCCCCAGAAAAUUCAAAAUUCCCGAAUAUUUGUGGAAGCUUUGCUUGGAGAGUGACUGUGUUGUGAUUUGACGGAGUGUCUGUAAAUAAGUUCCUGACCAAAAGUAAUGGCUCCAAGCGCUAAAAUUGUGGACUAUGGAGAGGAGACUCAUGGAUCCAAGUUGGCUAGGAAAGCCAAGGAAUCCCCCUUCAUGCCUAUCGGUAUUGUUGGAUUCCUGGCAGCCGGAGUUAUUGGGGCUUACAAGUACAAGCACAGGGGCACAAUGAGCACCAGUGUCUUCCUGAUGCAGCUUCGAGUAGCGGCGCAAGGGACUGUUGUCGGUGCUCUGACCAUUGGUCUGGCUUACACAAUGGCCAAGGAGUACCUGUUUCCACUGUUUCAAAGCAAACCUGGAGACGAGACCAAGUGAAAGUCCCUUUAAAUGUGUAAUAGCCGAAUUUAUGAGUCGCUUUAUCAGCCUCCGACCGAACGAGUGAUUGCGAGAUCUUGAGAAUGAAUGCUUUAGGAAAUACCCCAAAAAUUGUUGGAAGUAGUUAGAGAAUUACCGUGAUACUCUAUUUCUCAUAAGUGUAUUUAUUCCCAUUGACAUUGUGAAUGAGAAAAUAAAGAAAAUAAUUAUUUUUGUGGAGAAAAA